AUGGAUACCAGUGGUAGUGGUUCAAGUUGCAGCGAGUUUGACCUCACCACCAGCAGCUCACACGAAUCAUCUGUAAACUACGACCGUGAGCUGGAUGCUAUUCUGGAAAGGUACGAAGAAGCGGCCAAGAACGAGGACCAUUAUCUGCUAAAAAUGGAACUCAACCGAGCACAUUUUCGCGCCAUAAUUUAUUACAACUUUCAGAGACAAUUAUCGCAACAAGAAAGCCUUGCUGAGUUACUGUCUGUUUUCGGCAACGAAGCGCCACAUCAUCUUAGCGACGAUUCCAGGGUGGGUGCACCAAAAACGGCAGAACAUAGACAUGUGACAUAUCGCGAGAUUAAGGCGUCCUUGAAGAUCUCAAAGACCCUAAUUCAAAAAAUAAAAUUAGUUUCUCGUUGGAUACCCCACCUGCAGACUGAAGAGCAGAAAUCAGCCAGGGUUAAUUGGUGUGAAGAAAAGCCAACAAAAGUCAUCCCUUCUCGAAGUGUUUCGAAAAGGAUGGUCGCGACAUUUGUGUCAAAAGCGGGUCAUAUUGUAACAAUUCCUCUUAUCAUCACCGAGCUUGGAAAAAUCAACCCCGAAAGAAGAAUCAUCCUCCACCAAGACAAUGCAAGCUCGCACACAGCCCAAAAAACAAGGCAUCCCGAUCUAAGUCCUAACGAUUUCUUUACUUUCCCGAAAAUUAAAAACAGACUGCGUGGUCAAAGGUUCGAGUCACCAGAAGAAGCAGUUGACACAUUCAAAAAUGGCGGUUUGGAUCUGCCAGCAAACGAGUGGAAUAAGUGCUUCGAAAGUUGGUUCGAGCGCAUGCAGAUGUGUAUUAAUCUUCGUAGAGAAGUAGAUGGCUUAUAUCUUUGGUAUGAAGACUUGGGGGCGCUGUCAUGA